AUGGCAGGAAAGAUUUCUCACUGGCACAUGUAUCUUCAAGUGAUUCAGUCCCGCGAAUACCAGAGAGUAGAGCAUUUCCAGAAGGCAGAAAACAUUUUGUUUAUUGUACUGGAAAGAGUCAAGACAAUGGACCCUAGGUUUAUAGUGGAUUAUUCAAGAAACUUGGAAGCCUUGGAAUUUUCCCUCUCAGCUGCAGAAGAUGAAGUCACCAUGGAGGUUCCCUUAUGUGUCAAUGCUGAUGUUCUCCUGAUGCAGGCAUGUACAGAUGAACAGAGUGAUUCUGAGGUUAUUCAUAGGAACUACCAGAUGCCAGGACCAUGCUAUUUAGGGGUACCCAAGGAAGAAACCAACCUAGAAAACUGGACCAAAGAAGAUGUGUUCACUGCUGUGGAUGGUGCUGAUUCCAGGGGGCACAUUGUGCCAGGCAAAGUCCUUCAUCUCCUGAAAGAACUGAUAGUUGCUGCCAUUGUUCACUGCAAGCACCAGAACCUUAUUAAGCCAGGUGAACUCAGUGCUGAGAGGCUAAAGGAGGAUGGGAUGCAGCUGCCUUUGUUGGUGUCCAGUGAUUGGAAAAUGAUCUGCUUCAACAUUAUCCCUGUAAUGAGGAGAAAGCAGGAUGCUCUGAACAAUUGGCAAGAAAGAGGUUUUCCACAAGGCAGUCUGAGCAAAGUCACUCAAGAAGCUGAUUUCAUCCCUGCUAAUUACUAUCACUGGAGGUACUCCACCAAUCGUCCCAUCUUGAAACUUGUUCAAAUUGUAAGCAUUCUAAAGGGUUAUCGCCUGGACAGUCUCUGCCUUCUUGACCAAAUCAACCAGGAGAACUGGAGAGAGAAGGGGAAGGAAAAAGGGCUCACAUUUCAACAUUUGAAGAUGUUAUUGCUGUGGGCUACUCAUUUUUUCCCUUCCUCUGAAGACUGGCUGAGUCUGGAAGGAUCAGUGUAUCGUCUGCUGGUGAUCUUACUUUGCUGCUUGGCAACCAAAAAUCUUCCUCAUUUUUUAUACCCAGAGCAAAAUCUGUUCAAGGGUGAUGGUCUGGACCUAACUGCUUUGUAUCCCAAAGUGGAAAGCUUUGCUAUAACUCCUGAGCGUUUCCUAAAGUUUAAUUUUUCCCAAAGAGAAGACAAGAAACUCCACCAGAAGGACAAUGGUCUCAAAGCUUUACUUCAUCUCCCAGCUGAAAACAGAGACUACUGGGAUACUGCCUUUUUUGAUAUGCUGCUUAAUAAGUUUCAGGUGUAUCAGAUUAAAGACACACAACGGAUUUCUGCUAUGACAAGCAUCUUGUCAAAGACUAAGAAAAUGGUCCAUAACCAGAGUUGAAAACAUCACCAUGGCAAUACUUUGUUUCCUGCCUGGAUGAACAUGCUUUAUAUUCAGCUUAUUUCUUGUGAUCAAACUUAUCUGAUGCUGUUUGAGUUUCUUGCUCAAGAAAAAAGCACAUAAAGAAUUAUAGCCUGUGACUGCAUAGAGGUAGUAGUUGUUGGAUUCAAUUUCAUUAUUAAGGAUGAUGGUCCAAUUUGUAACCACUGUCUUAUAAAGUAAGUAAAAUAUAUACAGUGGUCUUAAUUCUCUGUCCACAAACUGUUUAUCAGAGGUUCACAAUCUGUGGCUCCUCCAAAUUUUAGAUGCAAUCACCAGAACUCCUCCAAAAGUUGCUGCCAGAUAAUAAUUGUGAAUGGGACAUCAAUAAUUAUUAAAUACAUGCAGAAUAAUCAUAUUAAUCUAAUUAAUGUAACUUAAAAUAAGUAUCAUUUUUGUCCAGGGUUCCCCAGUUCUUCAUUCUGUUUCCCACAUACCACUACAGAUGGUGAUAGUAACUCCUUGAUAAUAUUCUCUUACAUUAGAAGAAAGUACUAAGAUAUUCUGACUCUCUUUAGGAAAUGCCAAUGUAUAG